AUGGUGGCCGUGUAUGCGGUGGUCGGCGCGUUCAUGUUUCAAGCGAUCGAAUACCCCAAGGAAAUGGAAUUCCAGGGACACAUCAAGAACGACACUUGGAAUGUUGUACAUGAGCUGUACGAUUUCAUCAAUAACAGCACAGUAAUUGAAGAGGCUGAAGUAAAGUCCCGAGCCCAUCGACUUCUGAAGCACUAUGAAAAGUUACUGGUCGAGGCUGUCAAUUUCGAAGUGCAAUCCGGUCGAUCAGCUCAACGGUACACGACAGUACGACGGCAUCCGUCACUGAACAGACAACGUGGUCGAUACGCGGACACGAAAAGUGUGCGGAGUUUUGGUCGAAAUCAGGAGGGGUAUGUGCAGUAA